CUUGGACUUAAGAUGGUUGAGAGGAUAAAUUUCAGUCUUACUUCAGACUGAGACAGAACAACCUGAGAGUUACCAGAACGAGGAUUUCAUGAUUAGAAGAUAACAUGGAUGCAUCGAAGUUCUCCAACUUCACUAUCGAUUACAUUCUGGGGGAAAGGACGCGACCUCAAACACAUGCAGAACUUUCAUCAGCAUCGCAGACCUUUCAGGAAGAUUUAAGUAACGUGAGCCUGCCUUCAGCGAGUCGAUUUAACGCUCAGGCUAGCGGGGCAGCACAGAUGGGUUUCCCUGCGUCCUGCCCUGGCAUCUACGACACAGCAGCUUGUUAUAACACUUUCCACUGCUGUGGACCGGUCACUUACUAUCAGACCAACUUUAACAUGGGUUACUGCGGCGGGGAGCACUGGUUUCAUGCCCAGCCAGGUAAAACUUAUACUUCUAAUAGUUCUUAUAAUACAGAUUACGAAAGAGAGGAAUGUCAUCAAAGUCCUCAGCAUAGGCAACGAAACCGCAUUAGGACAGUGUUCACCGAGAGUCAAGUGAAGCAGCUCGAUCAGCUCUUUAACAUCACCGACUAUCCGACUGCGGAAGCGCGCGCACAGCUGGCGAGAAGCACGGGCCUCAGUGAAGAGACAGUCCGGGUAAGAUAACUGCCUUCAUGGCCAUUUCAAACCUCACCUCUGUGAUAUUGUACUGCAACCUAUUUUAAAUGAAAUGUCGUAAUUUAUUUGCAGUAGUAUUAUGCCACAGGUUUCUGUAAACACGCGGCAAAGCACAAAAAUACACAAGGAUAAGGA